AUGACCACAACUGUUUCCACCCAAAUCGGCACAGAGACUCAGACGACAGUUCAAUUGACUACAGAACUAACGACGGAUUAUGAAACGGCCACAACGACAGCCGUAUCAACUCAGCUCGGGACCGAGACUCAAACGACCAUUCAGGUGACUACCGAGUUGACGACCGAUUACGAGACUGCUACAACGACAAAUUACGAGACGGCGACGGCGACGUCUACCGAGAUUGGCACUGAGACACAAACCACGAUCCAGAUAAGCACAGAGGUAUCGACCGCUUACGAGACCGGCACAACCACAGCCACAUCCACGGAGAUCGGAACAGAAACGCAAACCACUGUUCAAACAGCUACAGCCACCGCUACCCAGCUCUGCGAUGCUCGCCCAGUCCAAGGCGGUGCCUUCUACGACCUCGACGACUGGACGUACUACCCAGUCUACGGCUACGGCUUCUCCUAUGACAUCCCAACCUCCGGCGGCUCUCCCGGCUUCUACUUCCAAAACACCUGCGACGCCGCGGCAACGGGCGGCGACAACUGGCAAGAGGUCGUGCAAACGAUCACAAUCUGCCCCGGACUCACAUACAACUGGAGCUUCGCGUACCAGUUCCAGGGCGACACCAGCGUCUAUUCGAGCUGCGAUUUCACGCUUCAGAUACAAGAGACGCCGAUUGCUGGUGUCUAUGGGGGGGCUCCGUUGGAUACCCUUGGAAAUCCCUCCGGGAAUCAGAAUGUUGCGCAGGGCGAUCCGCAGCCGUGGUACACCUUAAGUGGCACUUGGAGCUCGGGCUACUUCGCGACGGCUUACAGGGAGGUGUCUAUUGGUGUCCGGACGCAUUGUGGCGCUGCGAACAUUAUGACUGUUGGAGUGGAUAGCUUCAAGUUUGAAGCGCAGUUGUCUUAG